UUAUCACACAACAACUGGGUAACGUUUUCGUAACAUGUUCAAGAUACUUUUAUGUGUAAAAAUUGUAAUACUUAUAUCAAGAGAAUUACCACUAACAGUAACCGGCUUCCCAUCGACAUGUACAUCGUUCUCCCAGCGGAUUGUUCGUGUUUCCAAGUUUGUUGCAUCGGAAAGAACGUCGUUGCGGCGUUAUAAAUGGCUCUGGCCUUAGAAAGCUACGUGAACCAUACGGUUUCGAUAAUAACCGCGGAUGGGAGGAACAUCGUGGGUACGUUGAAAGGAUUCGACCAGACCAUCAACUUGAUAUUGGACGAAAGCCACGAACGGGUUUACAGUUCGAAUCAUGGCGUGGAACAGGUCGUGCUGGGCUUGUAUAUUAUUCGAGGAGACAAUGUUGUCGUGGUGGGAGAAAUCGAUGACGAACUCGACAUGAGGUUGGAUCUUUCCAACACAAAAGCGGAGCCCCUGAGUGCCGUUGUUCAUUGAAAUGUUCUGUACAUGUUGUCUUUUUUGUCACAAGUAUAAAUAAUUUCCUCCUUUUUA